GACAAUAGUGAAAACAGUGAUAAUGGUGACAACAGUGAGAACAGUCACAACGGUGACAACAGUGACAUUAGUGACAACGGUGACAACAGUGGCAACAGUGAAAACGGUGACAACUGUGACAACAGUGACAACAGUGACAAAGGAGACAACGGUGACAACAGUGACAUCAGUGACAAAGGUGACAACAGUGACACGAGUGACAAUGGUGACAACAGUGACAUCAGUGACAACAGUGACAACGGUGAUAACAGUGACAACAGUGACAACAUUGAAAACGGUGAUGACAGUGACAACAGGGACAACAGUGACAACGGUAACAACACUGACAACGGUGACAAUGCUGACAAUGGUAACAAAAGUGACAAUGGUGACAGUGGUAACAACAGUGACAACAGUGACAACAGUGGCAACAGUGACAAUAGUGACAACAUUGACAACAGUGACAAUAGUGACAACAGUGACAACAGUGACAAUAGUGCCAACAGUGGCAACAGUGACAACAGUGACAACAGUGACAACGGUGACAACAGUGAGAAUGGUGACAACAGUGACAACAGUGACAACGGUGACAACAGUGAAACUGGUGACAACACUGGCAACGGUGACAACGGUGACAACUGUAACAACAGGGACAACAGUGAGAAAAGUGAAAAAUGAGACAAUGGUUACAACACUGACAUCACCGACAACACCAACAACACUGAUAAUGGUGACAACAGUAACAACAGUAAACAAGAGUGACAAGAGUGACAACGGCGACAACAGUGACGACAGUGACAACAGCAAGAACGGUGACAACGGUGAAAACAGUGAAAAACGGUGACAACAGUGACCACCCCGACAACACUGAAAACACCGACAACGCUGACAAUAGUGACAACUGUGAGAACAGUGACAACUGUGACAACAGUGAAAACAGUGACAAUGGUGACAGCAAUGACAACAGUUACAGCAGUGACAACAGCGACAAUGGUGCUACAAUGACAACACGACAACUGUUUAAGAGGGACAACAAUGAAACUGGUGAAAAGAGUGAAAACGGUGACGACGAUGCAACAAUGACAACGGUGACAACAGUGACAACAGUGACAACAGGGAGAACAGUCACAACAGCGAAAACAGUGACAACGGUGACAACAGUGACAAUGGUGACGAUAGCGACAACAUUGACAAUGGUGACAACAGUGAAACUGGUGACAACACUGACAAUGGUGACAACGGUGACAACUGUAACAACAGGGACAACAGUGACAAUAGUGAAAACAGUGACAAUGGUUACAACACUGACAUCAAAAACAACACUGACAACACUGAUAACGGUGACAACAGUAACAAUAGUGACAACAUCAAAACUGGUGACAACACUGUCAACGGUGACAACAGUGACAGCAGUGACAACAGUGACAACAGUGACAACAGUGACAACGUGACAACUGUGACCACGGUAAAAACGGUGUCAACAGUGACAACAGUGACAACUGCGACAACAGUGAGAGCGAUGACAACGGUGACAAUGGUGAUAACCGUGACAACAGUAACAACGGUGAAAACAGUGACAACGGUAACAACAGUGACAACAGUAAAAACAGUGACAACAGUGACAAUGGUGACGACAGUGACAACAGUGACAAUGGUGACAACAGUGAAACUGGUGACAACACUGACAAUGGUGACAACGGUGACAACUGUAACAACAGGGACAACAGUGACAACAGUGAAAAGAGUGACAAUGGUUACAACACUGACAUCAAAAACAACACUGACAACACUGAUAACGGUGACAACAGUAACAACAGUGACAAGAGUGACAACAUCAAAACUGGUGACAACACUGUCAACGGUGACAACAGUGACAGCAGUGACAACAGUGACAACAGUGACAACAGUGACAACGUGACAACUGUGACCACGGUGAAAACGGUGUCAACAGUGACAACAGUGACAACUGCGACAACAGUGACAGCGAUGACAACGGUGAGAAUGGUGAUAACCGUGACAACAGUAACAACGGUGAGAACAGUGUCAACGCUGACAACAGUAACAAUGGUGAGAACGGUGACAAGAGUGACAUCAGUGACAACAGUGACCACAAUGACAACAGAGACAACAGUGACAACAGUAACAAUGGUGACAACGGUCAUAACAUUCACAUCAGUGACAACGGUGACAACAGUGAAAACGGUGAGAACCAUGACAACAGUGAGAACGGUGAAAACGGUCACAAUAUUGACAUCAGUGACAACUGUGACAAAAGUGACAACGGUGACAACAGUGACAAAAGUUGAAAACUGUGGCAACAGUGACAACGGUGACAACAGUGUAGACGGUAAGAACACUGACAACAGUGACAACAGAGACAACAGUGACAACUGUGACAACUGUGAAAACGGUGUCAACAGUAACAACAGUGACAACUGUGACAACAGUGACAAUGGUGACAACAGUGAAAACGGUAACAACCGUGAGACCAGUGACAAUGGUGACAGUAGUAUUAACGGUGACAACAGUGUCAACGGUGACAACAGUAACACCGGUGACACCAGUGGUAACAGUGACAACAGUGAGAACAGGAACAAGUGACAACAUUGACAACAGUGACAACAGUGAGAUCAGUGACAAUGGUGACCACGGUGACAACGGUGACAACAGUGACCACAGUGACCACAGUGACCACAAAGACAACAGUGACAAAGGUGACAACGGUGACAACGGUGACAACGGUGAUAUCAGUGACAACACUGACAAAGGUGACAACAGUGACAACGGUAACAACACUGACAACAGUAAAAACAGUGACAACACUAACAGUGGUUACAACAGUGACAACAGUGGCUACAGUGACAAUUGUGACAAUGGUGACAACAGUGACAACAGUGACAACGGUGACAACAGUGACAACAGUGACAACUGGAAUACAGUCACAACGGUGACAACUGGGACAACAGUGAGAACAGUCACAACACUGAAACCAGUGACAACAGUGACAACAGUGACAAAAGUGACGAUAGUGACAAUAGUAACAAUGGUGACUAACGUAAAACUUGUAAAAACACCAACACAGUGACACGGUGACAACUGUGAAAUCAGUGACAACGGUGACAACAGUGAAAACAGUGACAACGGUGAAAGCAGUGACAAUGGUGAUGACAGUGACAACAGUGACAAUGGUGACAACAAUAAAACUGGUGACAACACUGACAACGGUGACAACCUUGACAACUGUAACAACAGGGACAACAGUGACAACAGUGAAAACAGUGACAAUGAUUACAACACUGACAUCACCGACAACACCGACGACACUGAUAACGGUGACCACAGUAACAACAGUAACAAGGGUGAAAACAUGAAAACUAGUGAUGACACUGUCAACGGUGACAACGGUGACAACAUUAACAACAGGGACAACAGUGACAAGAGUAAAAUCAGUGACAAUGGUUACAACACUGACAUCACCGAUAACAAAAACAACACUGACAAGGGUGACAACAGUAACAACAGUGACAACCGUGACAACAGUGACAACGGUGACAACAGUAGCAAAAGUGACAACACUGACAACGGUGACAAGGGUGAAAACAGUCAAAAAUGGUGAAAACAGUGACAACCCGGACAACACUGAAAACACUGACAACGCUGACAAUAGUGAAGACUCUGACAACAGUGACAACAGUGACAGCAGUGACAAUGGUACUACAAUCACAACUGCGACAACGUUCCAACAGUGGCAACGGUGACACCUGUAAAAAGAGUGAAAACGGUGACAAUGAUGCAACGGUGACAACGGUGACAACGGUUACAACGGUGACAACAGUAAAAACACCAACAACGGUGACAACAGCAACAAUGGUAACAACAGAGACAACAGUGAUGACAGUGACAACAGUGAUAACAGUGACAGCAGUAAAAACACCGACAAUGGCGAUAAUGGUGACAAAAAUGACAACUGUGACAACGGUGACAACAGUGACAACAGUGACAAUAGUGAAAACAGUGAUAAUGGUGACAACAAUGACAACGGUGACAACGGUGACAACAGUGACAUUACUGACAACGGUGACAACAGUGGCAACAGUGAAAACGGUGACAACUGUGACAGCAGUGACAACAGUGACAAAGGAGACAACGGUGACAACAGUGACAUCAGUGACAAAGGUGACAACAGUGACACGAGUUACAAUGGUGACAACAGUGACAUCAGGGACAACAGUGACAAUUGUGACAACAGUGACAACACUGACAACGGUGGUAACAGUGACAACAGUGACAACAGUGACAACAGUGACAAUAGUGACAACAGUGGCAACAGUGACAACAGUGACAACAGUGAAAACGGUGACAACAGUGAGAAUGGUGACGACAGUGACAACAGUGACAACGGUGACAACAGUGAAACUGGUGACAACACUGGCAACGGUGACAACAGUGAGAACUGUAACAACAGGGACAACAGUGAAAGUGGUGACAACAGUAACAACAGUGUCAACAGUGAAAGUGGUGACAACAGUGACAAUAGUGAAAACAGUGACAACGGUGACAACACUGACAACGGUGACAACGGGAACAACUGUGACAAAAGUAACAACAGUGACAACAGUUACAACCGUCACAAUGGUGACAACAGUGAAAACAGUGACAAAAGUUGUAACAGCGACAAUAGUGACAACGGUGGCAACAGUGACAACAGUGACAACGGUGAAAAAGGUGACAAUGGUUACAACACUGACAUCACCGACAACACCGACAACACUGAUAAUGGUGACAACAGUAACAAUAGUAGACAAGAGUGACAACAGUGACAACGGCAACAACAGUGACGACAAUGACAACACCAACAACGGUGACAACGGUGAAAACAGUAAAGAACGGUGACAACAGUGACCACCCCGACAACAAUGAAAACACUGACAACCCUGACAAUAGUGACAACUGUGACAACAGUGACAACUGUGACAACAGUGACAACAGUGACAAUGGUGACAACAAUGACAACAGUUACAACGGUGACAACAGUGACAACAUUGACAACAGUGACAACAGUGACACCAGUGACAAUGGUGAUAACACUGACAACUGUGAGAGCAGUGACAACAGCGACAAUAGUGCUACAAUGACAACACGACAACGGUUUAACAGUGACAACGGUGAAACUGGUGAAAAGAGUGAAAACGGUGACGACGAUGCAACAAUGACAAAAGUGACAACGGUGACAAUGGUGACAACAGUGACAACAGUGACAACAGUGACAACAAGUACAAGAGUGACAAUAGUGACAAAGGUGUCAACGGUUACAAAGGUGACAACGGUGACAACGGUGACAACGGUGACAACAGUAACAACAGUGACAACAGUGACAACAGUGAAAACGGUAAAAACGGUAAAAACGAGACAACAGUGUCAACGGUAACAACAUUGACAUCGGUGACAACAGUAACAACGGUGACAAAAGUGACUACAUUGACAACGGUAAAAACAGUGACAACAGUAACAACAGUGACAACGGUGCUAAUGAUGACAACAGUGACAAAGAGGACAAUGGUGACAACAGUGACAACGAUGACAAUGGUGACAACAGUGACAAUAGUGACAACGGUGAAAUUGGUGAAAACGGACACUAUGGUGACAACAGUAACAACAGUGUCAACAGUGAAAGUGGUGACAACAGUGACAAUAGUGAAAACAGUGACAACGGUGACAACACUGACAACGGUGACAACGGGAACAACUGUGACAAAAGUAACAACAGUGACAACAGUUACAACCGUGACAAUGGUGACAACAGUGAAAACAGUGACAAAAGUUGUAACAGCGACAAUAGUGACAACGGUGGCAACAGUGACAACAGUGACAACGGUAACAACACUGACAACGGUGACAACGGUGACAACGGUAACAACAGUGACAACAGUAGCAACAGUUACAACGGUGACAGUGGUGACAACAAUUACAACAGUGACAACAGUGGCAACAGUGUGAAUAGUGAGAACGGUGACAACAGUGACAACAGUAACUAUGGUUAUACUGUUGUCACUUUAUUCACUGUUGUCACCGUUGUCACUGGUGUCACUGUUGCCACAGUUGUCACAGUUGUCACUGUUGCCACAGUUGUCACUGUUCUCACUGUUUACACCGUUGUCACCGUUGUCACCAUUGUCAGCGUUAUCACCUUUCUCACCAUUGUUACUCUUUUCACCGUUGUCAAUGUCAUUACCGUUGUAACUGUUGUUACCGUUAGCACCGUUGUCACUGUUGUCACUGUUCUCACUGUUUUCACCGAUGUCAAUGUUGUCACCGUUGUUACUGUUGUCACCAAUGUCAAUGUUAUUACCGUUGACACUGUUGUCUCUUUUUCACAGUUGUCACUGUUGUCACUGUCGUCAACAAUGCCUUAGUUGUCACUGUUGUCACUGUUGUCACCGUUGUCACCAUUGUCACCAUGGUCACUGUUGUCACCAUUGUAACCGUUGACACCUUUGUCACAAUUGUCACUGACACCAAGACAUCAGUGACAACUGUGACAACAGUGACAACGGUGACAACCGUGACAACAGUGACAACCAUGAACACAGUGUCAACGGUGACAACAGUGACAACUCUGACAGCGGUGACAAAAGUGACAAGUGUGAAAACCGUAAAAACGGUGUCAACAGUGACAACAAAGACAACUGUGACAACAGUGACAACGGUGACAACGGUGACAACAGUGACAAUUGUGACAACGGUGAAAACGGUGUCAACAGUGACAACAGUCACAACUAUGACAACACUGGCAACGGUGACAACUUGACAACGGUGACAACGGUGAAAACAGUGUCAAUGGUGACAUCCGUGAGAACAGUAACAAUGGGGACAAUAGUGUCAACCCUGACAACGGUUACAACGGUGACAAUGGUGACAAUGGUGACAACAUUGACAUCAGUGACAACGGUGACAGAGGUGACAAUAGUAACAAAAGUGACAACAGUGACAAUGGUGACUACAGUGGCAACCGUGAGAACAUUGAUAAACGGUGAACAUGGUGAAAACGGUGACAACGGUGACAACAGUGACAACAGUGACAACACUGACAACGGUGACAACAGUGACAACUGUGACAACUGUGACAACGGUGACAACGGUGACAACGUUGACAACUAUGACAGCAGUGACAACAGUGACAACAGUGACAACAGUGAUAACGGUAACAACACUGACAACAGUUACAAAAGCGACAACAGUGAAAGCAGUGACAAUGGUACUACAAUGACAACUGCGACAACGCUCCAACAGUGACAACAGUGACAACAGUGACAACAGCGACAACGGUGUUACAGUGACAAUGGUUACAACAGUGAACGCAGUGUCAACAGUGACAACAGUGGCAAAAGUGACAAUAGUGACAACGGUGACAACAGUGACAAGGGUGACAAUGGUGACAAUAGUGACAAUGGUGAAAUUGGUUAAAACGGAGACAAUGGUGACAACGGGAACAACAGUGACAAGAGUAACAACACUGACAAUGGUGACAGUGGUGACAACAGUGACAACAGUGAUAGCAGUGACAACAGUGGCAACAGUGACAAUAGUGACAAAGGUGUCAACCGUGACAAUGGUGACUAUGGUGACAACCGUGACAACGGUGAAAACGGUGACAACAGUAACAACAGUGACAAGGAAGGCACCGUUGACAACAGUGACAAUGGUGACAACGGUGAAAAAAGAGACAACAGUGUCCUCAGUAACAACAUUGACAACGGUGACAACAGUAACAACGGUGACAACGGUGACAACAUUGACAAAAGUAAAAACAGAGACAACAGUGACAACGGUGCUAACGGUAACAACAUUUACAGCGGUAAUGCCAAUGACAACGGUGAGAAGACUAACAAUGGUGACAACGGUGACGACACUGCCAACAGUGACAAUGGUGUCAACGGUCCAACAGUGACAAUGGUGACAACAGUGACAACAGUGUCAAGAGUGACAACAGUGACAAUAGUGACAACACUGACAACAGUGAAAACGGUGAAAACGGUGAAAACGGUAACAACGGUGACAACACUGACAACACUGACAACAGUGACUACAGUGACAACGGUGAGAACACUGACAACGGUGACAAUGGUAACAACGGUAAAACAGUGCCAACAAUGACAACUGUGACAAAAAUAACAACAGUGACAACAGUGACAACAGUGACAACGGUGAAAACAGUGACAACAGUGACAACACCGACAAUGGUGACAACAGUGACAAUGGUGACAACAGUGAAAACGGUGACAACAGUGACAACAUUGGCAACGGUGACAACUGUGAAAAACGGUGCCAACAGUGACAACCCCGACAACACUGAAAACACCGACAACGGUGAGAACGGUGACAAUAGUGACAACUGUGCCAACAUUGACAACGGUUAAAACAGUGACAACAGCGAAAUCGGAGACAACAAUGUCAACAGUGACAACGAUGACAACAGUGACAACACUGGCAACGGUGACAACAAUGACACAAGUGAACACAGUGACAAAAGUGACAAUGGUGCUACGGUGAAAAAAGUAACAACGGUCGAACAGUGACAACGUGGACACCAGUGAAAAGAGUGACAAUAGUGACAACGGUGAAAUUGGUGAAAACAAAGUGAACGAUGGCAACGGCGAAAACAGUGAAAACAGUGACAAUAAAGACAACGGUGUCAACGGCGAAACCGGUGACAACAGUAACAACGGUGACAACAGUGACAACACUGAAAACGAAGGCAACGUUGACAACAGUGACAACGGUGAAAAAAGAGGUAGCAGUGACAACGGUAACAACAUUGACAACGGUGACAACGGUGACGACGGUGACGACGGAGACAAGAGUAAUAAUGGUGACAACGGUGACAACAGAUAACAGUCCAACAGUGACAAUGGUGACAAUGGUGACAACGGUGUCAACAGUGACAACAGUGAAACAGUGACAACACUGAAAACGGUGACAACGGUGAGAACGGUGACAACAGUGACAACGGUAGCACAAUUGACAAAAGUGACAACAGUGACAACGGUAAAUACACUAACAACGGUGACAACGGUGAGAAAGGUGAGAAGAGUGACAAAAGUGACAACAGUGACAACGGUCACAACACUGACAACAGUGACAACGGUGACAAAAGUGACAACGGUGACAACAGUGACAACAGUGACACAGGGGACUACCGUGACAACGGUGGCAAUAGUGACAACGGUGACAAUGUUGACAACAGUGACAAAAGUGACAACGGUGACAACAGUGACAACGGCGACAACACUGACAACAGUGGCACCGGUGACAACCAUGAGAACUGUAACAACAAAAGUGGCAACAGUGAAAACAGUGACAACCGUGACAACAGCGACAACGGUGACAACAGUGACAACGGUGACAACACUGACAACGGUGACAACACUGACAACAGUGACAACGGUGACAACAGUGACAAAAGUGACAACAGUGACAACAGUGACAACAGUGACAACUGGACAACAGUGACAACGGUGACAAUGGUGACAACAGUGACAACAGUGACAACAGUGAGAACGGUUGCAACAGUGACAACAGUGAAAACGGUGACAACAAUGACAACUGUGACAAAAGUGACAACGGUGACAAUGGUGACAAUAGUGACAACAGUGACAACAGUGACAACAAGUGCAAGAGUGAGAAUAGUGACAAAGGUGUCAAUGGUUACAAUGGUGACAACGGUGACAAUUGUAACAACAGUGACAACAGUGACAACGGUGACAACGGUGAAAACGAGACAACAGUGUCAACGGUAACAACAUUGACGUUGGUGACAACAGUAACAACGGUGAGAACAGUGAAAACAUUGACAACGGUAAAAACAGUGACAACAGUAACAACAGUGACAACGGUGCUAAUGGUAACAACAGUUACAAUGGUAAUGACAUUGACAACGGUGAGAAGAGUAACAAUGGUGACAACGGUUAUGACGCUGACAACGUUGACUAUGGUGACAACAGAGACAAUGGUGUCAACAGUGACAACAGUGAGAACUGUGACAACAUUGACAACGGUGACAAUAGUGACAACAGUGACAACAGUAACAACUGUGAAAACGGUGACGACAGUGACAACUGUGACAACAGUGACAACAGUGACAAUAGUGACAACACUGACAAUGGUGACAAAAGUGACAACGGUGUCAACAGCGACAACGGCGAAUACAGUGACGACAGUGAGAACACCAACAACGGUGACAACGGUAAAAACAGUGAAAAACGGUGACAACACUGACCACCCUGACAACACUGAAAACACUGACAACGCUGACAACAGUGACAACUGUGACAACAGUGAAAACUUUUAAAACAGUGACAACGGUGAAAAUGGUGACAACAAUGACAACGGUGACAACGGUAACAACAGUGACAACAGUGACAACAGUGACAUCAGUGACACCAGUGACAAUGGUGAUAACAAUGACAACAGUGACAACAGCGACAAUGGUGCUACAAUGACAACACAACAACGGUCCAACAAUGACAACGGUGAAAGCGGCGAAGAGAGGGAAACGGUGACAACGAUGCAACAAUGACAACGGUGAAAACGGUUACAAAGGUGACAACAGGGACAACAGUGAUAACGGUGACAACAGUGACAACGGUGACAACAUUGACAUCAGUGACAAUGGUAACAACAGUGAAAACGGUGACAACCGUGACAACAGUGAGAACGGUGACUAUAGUGACAAUAUUGACAUCAGUGACAACUGUGACAACAGUGACAACGGUGACAACGGUGACAACAGUGACAAAGUUGAAAACCGUGGCAACAGUGACAACGGUGACAGCAGUGUAGACGGUGACAACACUGACAACAGUGACAACAGAGACAACAGUGACAACUGUGACACCGGUGAAAAAGGUGUCAACAGUAACAACAGUGACAACUGUGACAACAGUGACAACGGUGACAACAGUGAAAACGGUAACAACCGUGAGACCAGUGACAACGAUGACAGUAGUGUAAACGGUGACAAUGGUGUCAACGGUGACAACAGUAACACCGGUGACACCAGUGGGAACAGUGACAACAGUGACGAAAGGAAAAAGCGACAACAUUGACAACAUUGACAACAGUAAGAUCAGUGACAAUGGUGACCACGGUGACAACGGUGACCACGGUGACCACGGUGACCACAGUGACAACAGUGACAAAGGUGACAACGGUGACAACAUCGACAACGGUUACGACAGUGAGAACGGUGACAACGGUGACAUUAGUGACAACACUGACAUAGGUGAAAACGGUAACAACACUAACAAAAGUAACAACAGUGACAGUGGUGACAACAGUGACAACAGAGACAACAGUGGCAACAGUGACAAUUGUGACAACGGUGACAACAGUGACAAGAGUGACAACAGUGACAACAGUGACAACUGGACAACAGUGA